GGUACAAGAUCCUGAUAUGAUUUCGAUCUAUGAUGCAUAUUGCGAGGAAAAAUACGCUAAGAUAAUAAUAGCAACUAAAGAAAUAGAAAUUCUCUUUAAUGAGAGAAGUCUCACAAUACUUAAAGAAGAUGGUAGUAAUGAUAAUGAAACGAAAUCAUAUAUCAACAAAAAGUAUUUAGUUAUCUGUAAAACUAUAUCAGUUCUUGAUAGAUUUAAUAUUAAAAACAUU